AUGAACACUCUAAUCACAGUGGGGUUAGCCUUCAUGGUCACAGUAGCCUCUGCGCUGCCGGCUCAGCCAGCAGUUGGAGGUUUUGGAUGGGGUGCUGGAGGGGUCAACCCAUGGAUACCUCCCUGGGUGUCAGCCGCUCCCUGGUACCCCCAAUGGACGCCGUGCACAGCGAUCGGGACCACAUGCUUGGACUGCAACACCAAAUUGGUGUGUACCAAAAUCGGUGGCCUCCAGCGGUCUUGCAGCGACCCCACUCUUCCGUUCUGCAACUUAGGUGAAUGCUCCGCUACGCCUUCAGCGGAAUGCGCCCCAGAUGUACCAGCUGAAACCGCAGCC